CGCAGGUCAUGGGUCCUCCAACAGGAUAAUGACCCAAAACACACAGCUAAAAGCACCCAAGAAUGGAUAAGAACAAAACAUUGGACUAUUCUGAAGUGGACUUCUAUGAGUCCUGAUCUGAAUCCUAUCGAACAUCUAUGGAAAGAGCUGAAACUUGCAGUCUGGAGAAGGCACCCAUCAAACCUGAGACAGCUGGAGCAGUUUGCUCAGGAAGAGUGGGCCAAACUACCUGUUAACAGGUGCAGAAGUCUCAUUGAGAGCUACAGAAAACGUUUGAUUGCAGUGAUUGCCUCUAAAGGUUGUGCAACAAAAUAUUAGGUUAGCGGUCCAAUCAUUUUUGUCCAUGCCAUUUUCAUUUGUUUUAUUAUUUACAAUAUUAUGUUGAAUAAAAAAUCAAAAGCAUAGUCUGAUUUCUAUUAAAUAUGGAAUAAACAAUGGUGGAUGCCAAUUACUUUUGUCAGUUUCAAGUUAUUUCAGAGAAAAUUGUGCAGUAUUCGUUUUUUGUGGAGGGGUACCAACAAAUUUGAGCACGUCUGUAUGCGUAUGUCCUGGAGCUGAAGAGGUUAAAGCCCCUUUCACCUACUGGUUACCCGGGUCACAAUAGUGUGAAACCAUGUACCUGGGUCAUACCUGUGCUAACCCGGGUCGCAGCGACCCACCUCAGGAUGUGGGUCGACACGCUUUGACCCGGGUUGAGCAAGAAAAAAUGCAUGACGGCUGAUCGUAAGCCGACGAAAUAACAACAGCCACGCCUGUGUGAAGGUUUCACUUCCGCAAGGAAUGUUUCUGUUUAGCAAUAUUUUUGUUGCUUGAGACACACCAUGAGCCAGAUUGCAGUAGGGAUGAAGAAACAUUUGCUCUCAUCAACAUUUGGGCCGAUGGUUCAAUCCAGAGAAUCUUGCAUGGAAGCGUCAGUAACAAGCUGCUUCCGGGGCAUUGAUACGCACAUUGUGUACUUGCGUCUGUCACCCAGGUCAACCCACAUGACACCAGGUCUUGACCCAGGUAGGUUCCAACCUGGGUAGAGCAUGCCAGUGUGAAAGGGGCUUUAGAUUGCAUAGCUGGUAGAUGGCCUUUUUGGAUGCCCUCCUACCCAUUUUGUUUCAGUUCUAGUUUAUGGCACUGGGGAGUUCAAGUGCUGAUCUGCUAAUCAUUUAGGGGUUCUCACAGGUUAUGAAUAAAACUGAAACUGAAAACAGCACAUGCAGUGCUUAAUGGUCAAAAUCCCACUUUUUUGACACAGACUGUUUGAUGAGAACCCAACACCUAGCAGCAUACUGUUACAAUUGGGUGCUGUAUAGUCCAGUAUGGUUGAGAGUUGUGAUGUUUACAGAUGCUGUCUGAACAGGUGUGUCUUGAGGAGGUACCAGAAGGUGGACAGGGACUGACCAGUCCUGAUAUCUGUGUAGGUCGUUCAACCACUGAGGGGCAAGGGUGGAGAAGGAGCGGGCUCUAGAGGCGGGGAGGCAGGGAGGGGGGUACAGCUACUGUAAAAAUGAGACUGUUUACUGUAACCUGAUGCAUUUUUGAUGAAACACUAACAAGGAUUAUAUUACGAUUAUUACGACAUUACAACAGCAUUACUAGAAACCUUUAAAAGAAAGUGUAUGCUCCUGUAUAGCUUUUCUCUUGCUGUUGUACAGUUAAAGUGUCUGUUUUCUCAGCUAAAUGAGUAGUUUCACAUUAGUAGUAAGAGAUUUUAUAAAAUCCCCCCAAAAUAUUUUAAUACACCCCAUAAACUCGAAUCCUAGGGGGUACUGGGUAUAAUUAGCUGAACUGCACUUCAGCGAAUCCCUCUGGUCAGGUGGGUGAUGAGUCCUGGCAGAGACUUCCAUAUGGUAUUCAAACUCAAAGAUGGAGGUCAGCAAGCAAGACUUUCAUGCUGAAACUAAAAAGCCAUUAAAUUCAGCCUAUCCACAGCACUCAUUAUGCAAAGAGCCAUUCACCAGAGGCCAGAGGCAGUACCUGAACGAUGGGUUUCAAGGGUCACAGCAGAAGACUGAUGAGCUUUAUCAGAGAUUUAACAGCUUUGAUCUUACAGAUCAGUGGCUCUUUCCUUCAAGUAAUGGAGAUACUGACCCUUACUUUUUGCAGACCCAGGAAAGCCACAGAACACAAUGUCAGUGUGUCUUCUACGUGGGAAAUUCAUUCAUGCUGCAGAGCAGACUGUCCAGUACAUUGAAGGAAUCAGAGAGGUCUGAUGUGCUUACAUAUGGAAAAGAUAGUGGGUUCAGCAACACUGAUUUACUGCCCGAUCAGACAGUAGAUAUCAUCUCAUCUCAUUUUCUGCCAAACAAAAUUGACGAUGAGUGCUGUGGUCUUUACUCUGAAUUCUCUCAGUACAGUAGAAUCAAACAAAGUAAAUUCAUGCAAUUUUCAUUGCAAGAAGGGAAGAGAAUGGCCAACAAGCCUGCAGUAGAAACUGUUGAACUGGAUUAUUUCAGUAAGCGGUCCCAAGUAAAGCAGACAGGACAGAAACCACUUGAAGACCAGAUUUCAGACCAGCAGAAUUUUAAAUAUCCCAAACCCUUGGCUGCUGACACACAAGAAAAACAGUUUAAAAAAGAGAUAUUGUUGGGUAAUGACUUUGGUUUGAAAAGCACACCUGAUUGUGGAUUCAAGACACAAACACUAGGUAAUGAUUAUGGUACGAAACAGUUAUCAAAGUUUAAUCCACAGCAUGCUGAGUAUUUCAAGCCCCCAAAUACUCUGUGGUUCAGUGUACACAGGUGGUUCCUUCCAAAGCAGACAAACCUGGUCAAGCAUCCAGAAAUAUAGUAAUGUGACAACAUAUCAGAACCAAGGCAGCCAGUAUCAGAAUCAAGGGAAUCAGUUUCAGAAUCAAGGAAACCAGCCAAACCCAAACAGCCAGAUGCCCAGUCUUUCAAAAAUGCUGUUGCAUUCCUUGUCAGACUUUGUACCACAAGCUGCCCAGCAGUCUCCAAGGUGCAUCUCUUUCUUCCCAGAGUACAGCCAAGGUGAAGCUUCCAAGUUUUGUGGGACUCAGUUCACCUACAAAAGCACCAGCCAGGGUCAGUCAGCUGCUAAUAUAGAAGGAAUUAGUAAAGCAAUUGGAGAAAGUGAGAUGAAAAUACAGUCUGAUGAGAAAACAAAGCAAGGGAGUCUCCUCCAUGAGAGAUUGACUUUUCAACAAUACAGUGCCUACGACAUUCCUUUCAAACAGAACCCACCUAGGAAGAACCCAGGCGAGGAGAAUAGAUGGGGCUUGUUGAAGAAUCCCUACCUUGAUUUUAUGGAAGGUUAUUACAACCCUCAAAGGCAAGCUGGUGGAGACAACAACUUAAAUAGCCAUAGAAAAAACCCACCAAAUGUGUGCUUAACUUAUCUGUAUGCAACAGGUGACACCAAGCAAAACACCAGCCACCUGCAACUUGGCUCAGGGAGUUUUCCCUCGAGGUCCAACCAUCCUUAUGGCAGUUCUGUUACACCUAUGAAUCUGAAUGAGCUGCUUCCAGUUGAUGAGUUCAAUCACUUUUACCUCUAUGUUAAUGAUUUUCUUUGUGGGGAUAUGCCUUUUCCUGGGAUAGCGCCACCUGUUAGAUUCCCCAGAGUGCUAAAGAACUGCAGCGGGCCUGCAAAUGAACUUCAUGUUCGGCUGGAGAAGUGUUAUGAACAGUGGAGAGUAUUAGAAAAAGAAAGAAAAAAGCUCAUGUGUAUUUUCUGUUAAAACGAGUGUCAAGUGCCAACAACAGUUCCGCUCCCAGGCUCCCCUCUAACCCUUCACGGGUCGAUCGACUGAUUCUGGAUCAGCUACGGGAACAAGCCAG